AUGGUAAGGAGCAUCACAUUUCCUGCUGAUGUCAGAGUGCUGCUUUACGUGGGGCUUCUUGCCAACAGCUCCAAUCAGAUGUCUUCUGACUGUCACUGUGGGGUGGCUGGUGUCAGUAGCUCCUGGUACGUGGUUGAAUGGUGGCGGACUCGUGGUCUCCUCGCCCGGAGGGUGGCUGGUGACAGUAGCUGUGACAAAUACUGUGGCAGAUGGCUGUCCAGGAUAGCGGUGGUGGCUGACAGUAGCGAAUGCGACAGGCGUGGUACAGGCACUGAUUCGUGGCCUGCAGCUCAUCACUGCCAUCAUGGAUGGCAACAUUUUGGAAGGCAUUGCUACAAAUUCUUCUCUGAGUCAGUUAACUGGGUCAGAGCUGAGAAAAACUGUCAUUCUAUUGGUGGAAAUCUUGCAUCUGUGCACAAUACAGCGCAAAACAACUUUCUCCUGAGUAUUGUGCCUGCUAACAGACGCACUUGGAUUGGUGGCCAUGAUGGUGAAAUUGAUGGACAAUGGCUGUGGACUGAUGGAUCUCGAUUUGUCUUUACCCACUGGUGCUCCAGAGAACCUAACAAUGCUGGUAGACCUGAGAACUGCCUGGAGAUAAACCAUACCAAUAACCAUUGCUGGAAUGAUGAGUCCUGUACAUACACAAUGGGCUACAUUUGUGCCAAACCUCUGUGAUCAGGAAAAAUCUAUCUGUUUCAGAAAUAUUAUGAUUGUACUACAUGCCUAUACAUUUUUUUUCUCUAAUCUUAUCUUUUAAAUCUUUAAAAUAUCUCUGAAAUUAUCUUUAAACAUUACUGCACCUUUCUGAAAACUUC